AUGCAACCCAGCCACAUCAUCACCACAGCCACGGCCAUGGUGGCCCACGGCGCCGCCGCGGCCUUCAACACGACCUGCGCCUGGUGGAUGCUCAGCGGCCAGGUGAGCCUGACGGGCUACUGCGCCGGCCCGGACACGAACACACUGGCACUCAUCAGGCACUGGGCCGUCUCCUCCCUCGAUCUCAACCGCUGCAUCGGCGUCGACCCCACGGCGAACGCCAUGGUCUGGCAGGCCGGCGGCAACGCCUUCCUCAGACCCUCCUGCUCGGACUGCGCCAUGCAGAGCUCCCAGGUCGUCAUGCAGUGCGUGUGCGUCCGCGCCGUCACCGGUGGGAGGACGUCUUCUUCGGUGAACCUCAAUGACCGCAUCUACACCGACGAUUAUGGCCGCCUGACAUGCUGA